CGCUUGCCUCGUCGUCAAGGACUCAACUCAAACUACUCAAGGCCAAAGGGGGGGAGAAAGAGAGAAAGAGGGAGUCUAGGGCUUUGCCACUUCCUCGUGCCACUCGGCCAUCUGGCUUCGAUUGCUUCUCUUCCUCCAUCCUAAUCCGAUCUCCUGCACUGCCUGAUGCUUACUAUGGCCGUCCCCUUGCUUCUUGGUCCGUUCAAAGCCCUAGCAGCAACUGCUCCGUUUCCUCCAAAUUGAUAGUUUAAAUCGGAUCGAAGCCAUGGAAAAGCGGAAGCUCAGCAGAGCUCUGAGCUUCGGGAUUUCAGAUGUGGCGCUGGAGUGCGUUAUGAACUACAUCGACGACCCCAAAGACCGGGAUUCCAUCUCCCUCGUCUGCCAGAGAUGGUGCCACAUCGACGCCAUCACCCGCAAGCACGUCACCAUCGCCCUAUGCUACUCCACCACCCCUGACCGCCUUCGCCGGAGAUUUCCACAUCUCGAGUCUUUGAAACUCAAGGGCAAGCCACGUGCGUCUAUGUUUGAUAAUCUCAUACCAGAGGACUGGGGCGGCCACGCGGGUCCCUGGAUCAACGUGAUCGCCGAUGCUUUUCUCUGUCUCAAAGCCCUCCAUCUCAGGCGGAUGAUUGUCACAGAUGCUGAUAUUAUGGUGUUGGUCGGAGCCCGGGGCCGGAUUCUGGAGUCGCUUAAGCUAGAUAAGUGCUCAGGCUUUUCUACCAAUGGGCUUCUCCAUGUUGCACGCUCCUGCAAAUGCCUCAAAACACUUUUUCUAGAAGAAAGUUUGAUUGUUGAAAAUGAUGCCAAAUGGCUUCAUGAGCUUGCUUCCAACAGUACGGUUCUUGAGAGUUUGAACUUCUAUCUGACAGAGCUCAAAAUUGUCCCAUAUCAAGCACUUGAAUUGCUUGCUAAAAAUUGUCAGUCUUUGGUUUCUUUGAAGAUCAGUGACUGCGAUAUGUCAGAGCUAAUUGGGUUUUUCCAAGCUGCCAGGAAUUUGGAAGACUUUGCUGGAGGUUCAUUUGAUGAACAACCCGGAGAAGUGAACAACAGGUACACAAAUGUCCGGUUCCCUCCAAGGUUAUGCCGUAUAGGUCUCACUUUCAUGGGAACCAAUGAGAUGCCUAUAAUAUUCCCACUUGCUGCUGCACUAAAGAAGUUGGAUCUUCAGCUAACCUUUCUCAGUACUGAGGACCAUUGCCAACUGAUUCAACAAUGCCCAAAUCUAGAGAUUCUUGAGGUAAGGAAUGUUAUUGGAGACCGAGGAUUAGAAGUUGUGGCUCAGACAUGUAAGAAACUACGAAGGCUUAGAAUAGAGCGAGGGGAGGAUGAACAAGGACUGGAGGAUGAGCAAGGUAUGGUUUCACAAAGGGGGCUUUCUGCAGUUGCCGAAGGAUGUUUGGAGUUGGAAUACCUGGCUGUGUAUGUGUUCGACAUUUCAAAUGCUGCCCUAGAAUGCAUAGGCACCUUCAGCAAAAACCUUUGUGAUUUUCGGCUUGUCUUGCUUGAGAGGGAAGAAAGAAUCACAGAGCUGCCCCUUGACAAUGGUGUCCGAGCUCUGCUGAGGGGAUGCACCAAGCUCAGGAGAUUCGCUCUGUACCUAAGACCCGGGGGUUUAUCAGAUGUGGGCCUUGCAUACAUCGGUGAAAACAGUAAGAACAUACGGUAUAUGCUGUUGGGUUUUGUAGGAGACUCUGAUGCCGGGCUUCUCCGGUUUUCAGAAGGCUGCCCUGACCUGCAGAAGCUGGAACUGAGGGGUUGCUGCUUCAGCGAGCGUGCGUUGGCCCGAGCAGCCACCCAGCUAGUGUCAUUGAGGUACAUAUGGGUGCAGGGGUACAACGCGUCCCCCAAUGGCAGUGGUCUUAUGGUGAUGGCACGUCCGCACUGGAACAUUGAGUUCAUCCCUCCUCGGCAGGUUAAUGAAAGGCCAGGAGAGCUUCCUCCAAUUGACCACCCUGCUCAGAUUUUGGCGUACUAUUCACUUGCCGGGCGAAGGACAGAUUGCCCUCAUACAGUGAUUCCUCUUUAUCCACAUGCAUGAGCGCUCCAUUCCCCUCAUCGAAAUUUUCCUGUCAUUAGGUUCAUUGAAUUUUUCUUGCUCUUGUUAUGUGCUAGGCGUGAAAAGUUUGUGCAUAUAUCUUUGUAUCAUUUCAGAGUUCGAGGGACCCGUUCUGUAAUAAUCAUCUCCCUGCACAUUGUAUCUCUUGUAUGUUGUCUUUACCGUUUGGAAAAUAAAUAAAAAAAAUCUUGAUAGAACUCA